AUGAUCGGGCCUGGCAAGACAAAGUAUGACAUUGCUCCGGAUGAGCAUGCGGGUGGUGCUGGUGUGAAGUGGUGGCCGGGAUCUAGCUUUUGGAGCCCCGAGUCGGAGGAGUCGGAAGAUUUGAGAUCGCCUCGCAAAAAGGCAAAAGAUGGCAUGAAGAGGCGGAAGAUGAACUCCAGCACCAAGCGGAAGCUUCAGCACAUGGGGGGGCAGCUUUGCCAAGUCCUUCUCACAUGUGCUGCGACCCUCGGGCAUUUUGCUGAUGAGGUCUUCAUGGAGCCCGUUCAGGAUUUGUGGACGUGUUUCACUUCGAGCUCCCUUCAUCACAAUCAUGGGGGUGAAGCACGAUGCCUUGAGAUCUUCGCUGGUGAAGCGGCCAUAUCCAGAGCUUUUGCAGGACGCAGUCAUGGUGUCCUGCGUCCUCGAGACCUACGGUAUGGGGAUGAUUUACAUGAUCCUGCCGUACGGCAAGAGGUGUAUCGUGAAAUCCGAGAAGAGAAGCCCGAUCUGGUUUGGAUCGGGAUGCCCUGCACCAGGUGGUGCGCUUUUUCCAGGAUCAACUACACCAAGCAAGAGAGACGCCGUCUCCGGAGCAAGGAGAAAGACUUCCUGGCAAUGAUCGAUGAGGUCUUCCUGCUGCAACGUAUGAAUGGAAAACAUGUGGUGGUAGAGAGAAUCCAACGACCUCGGAUUUGUGGCAACAGCCUGAGAUCAGGCGAUGGAGGCCGAGAUACCCAACGUUCAGGGGUGUACCCAGAUGAAUUUGCAGAGAAGGUGGUCAAGGUGAUUGAAACUUUGCCCCACCAGUCGGCUUGGGUGAGUUCCAGCGGGGGUGGUCCACCAGAUGAUGGAGAAGAACUCAAGGUGGACACGGAGCCUGGAAGAGGUGCAUCAGAGAUUUCAUUCAAGGGGAGCGUCUCUGGCAAAGUGGCUGGCGCUCUGAGGCGAUUGCAUCAGAACUUGGGGCACCCGUCCAAUCGAGAAAUGGUGAGGCACCUCACUCUUGGAGGAGCAAGCAAAGAGAUGAUUGCUGCUGCACAGAACUUGAAGUGCAGCACUUGCGCCCGUUGCGCGAGGCCCCAAGCCCACAGGGUGGCGAAGCCGUCGGCUUUGCUGGACUUCAAUGAGGCGGUCGCCAUUGACAUCAUCUUCAUAGACACUCUCCAAAAUAAGAACCAUUUAGCACUCAACAUGGUGGAUGUGGCGUCUUCAUAUCAGGUGGUGGUCCCUCUCGAGAGCAGGCAUGCAAAUGUGGUGGCCGAGACCUUCUACAAGUUUUGGGUCUCUUGGGCGGGGACUCCCGUCAAGCUGGUGUUAGACCUCGACACCGGGUUUCAGGACAGCUUCUGGGAACUCACCUCCGGCGAUGGCAUCGGCAUGAGACGCGCAGCCGGCCAAGCCCAUUGGCAGAAUGGAAUAGCUGAAAGGUAUGGUGGGGCUUGGAAAUCGGUGUGGGACAAGCUCUGUGUGGACUAUAAGGUGAUGGAUGACGAGAUGUGGGAGGCCACGGCGGCGGUCAAUGAAGCCAGAAAUACCUUCCGGAACAAGUCGGGCUUCUCGCCGAGGCAGUGGGUCUUUGGAAGCAAUGGUCGCCUUGUACCAGACCCUGAAGAUGAAUCAGACUUGCAGCUGAGUGCCCUCAGCCAUACAACAAGUGAUGAGAAAAUGGCCCGCAAGCAGAAUUUGCGGGUGGGGGCUCGGAUGGCUUUCUUCCACUACCAUUCUACGGAUGCCUUGCAAAAGGCCCUUCAUCACCGAGCACGAGUGUUUCCCCGGACAUUCAAGCCGGGCGACAUGGUCUAUGUUUACAGAGAAGUGAAAACAAAGGGCAAAAGGGCAUCCUCGAAGUGGCUUGGUCCAGCCACCGUGAUCGGCCCAGAAGGGUCAAACUACUGGGUGGCACGUGGUGGAAGAUGCCUAUUAGCUGCAGGAGAACAUCUGAGAGCGGCCGAACAUGAGGAGGUGAGUGAAGCACUACGGAUCAAAGCUGCUCUCCAUGAGAUCAAGAGUGUCAUGGACGCUGACUUUGAGGAGGCUGUAGACGAAGAUGCAACUGCAGAAAUGGAAGUCGAAGAUGAGAUGAUGUUCUCAGCUCUGCCGGACGAUGACGGAGUUGGUGCUCAGGGCGGUGGAGUGCAAUCCAGCGCUCGGUAUCCACAGCUUGAUGAACACAGAAUGGCGAGAGCACUACAGGCAGAGGAACGGCAUAGGGUGGCAACUCGGAAAGCCCAGUCACUUGACGAUGUGCCUGCCUCGGUCAAGAGGCGGCUAGCAGUACCAGCAAGUCAAUGGAGUGGAGCCGAAGGUGGAGAAGCGGCUCACCAUCCCCAGUUCUUUGUCAAGAAGGUCAAAAGUCCCGAAGCACUCGAGAAGGCAUUGGAGAAAGAGAUUCCCUGGAACCUCAUUGAUCAUCAAGAAAAACAGCUCUAUGUUGAGGCCGAAAAGAAACAGUGGCAGGAGCACCUUGACUCCGGGGCGGUCAGACCUUUGACCUUGGAGGAAAGUGCUCAAGUGGAAAAGGAGGUCGGCAAGGAUCGGAUCCUCAAUUGCCGAUUCUUGUACCGAGACAAGAACUUGGCCAAACGGCGGAAGGAUCCGUCGAUCCCCUGCAAGGCCAAAGCUCGGCUGUGUGUGGGGGGACAACGAGACCCGGAUUUGGGUAACAUCGAGAUGUCAGUGGAUGCACCAACGGCCAACCGGCACUCGGUGCUCUUGGGGUUGCUGAUGGCUCUAUCCCGAGGAUGGCUGGUGGCUAUUGGGGACAUACGAGCGGCAUUCUUGAAUGGAGUAGAGGCCCCUCGGAAGUUAUUCUUCCGGCAGCCUAUCAGAGGCAUCCCCGGACUUUACCCGGGACAGCUGGUGGAGAUCGUGAAGGGCGUCUUUGGACUCUCUAGUUCACCGAAGUUAUGGUGGCUCAAGUUGUCAGGCGACCUUUUGGAGCUGGAGAUCCAACACCAGGGGAAGCACUACAAGAUUGAACAGAAUGAGAUCGACCCCUGUGCAUUCCGAGUCACCGACAGAGAACAAAAGGUGUGUGGCAUGAUCUUCACGCAUGUGGAUGACCUUCUGGUGAUGGCGGAAGUGGGCCUUCACGAGGAGAUCAAGAAAAUGAUCGGUCAGAAAUUUCCAGUCGACGAUUGGGAAAGUGGGAAGUUCGAAUACAUUGGAUGUGAGUACCAGAUCACUCCUGAUGAGGUGACGAUUACCCAAACUGGGUAUGUGGAGAGCCGGCUGGAGAAGAUCAGCAUUCCCGGGCACUUGAGAAAUGAAGACCCGGCCACACCGGAAUUAAUGGAGUGCAACCGCACUACAAUUGGUUGCCUCUCUUGGCUGGCAAAGCAAACGAGGGCCGACAUCCAGUUCCAAGUUGCACAGGCCCAACGAGUACAAGGAAACCCAACCAUCUCUGACAUCAAGGAGACCAACAAGAUUGUGGAUGCCGCAAAGAACCACAAACAUGAGGGCAUCACCCUGAAGCGAAUUCCUCAGGAGCGAAUGGUUUUCCUGGCCUAUCAUGAUGCAGCAUGGGCCAAUGCUGACCUAGAAGGAGAUCGGGACCAAGAAUGGGACGGUGAUUUCAAAAAGGCGUCCCAACUGGCAUCUUUGGUACUGGUGGCAGACAGGUGUGUGGUCGAGAACAAGAUCGGCAAAGCUUCCAUAGUUGAUUGGAGGAGCAAGGCAAGUGCUCGCAUCUGCAGAUCCACAUUUGCAGGGGAGACAAUGGCCUGUGGGGAUGCAUUGGAAACCUGCCUCUAUCUGAGGAGCUUGAUGCUCUCCUUCCAGCAUGGACGUCUCAUCCAUGAGAAGGAUGCGGGGAAGUACAUGGAUCUCCACCUAUGCACAGACUGUAAAUCACUCUACGAUCAUCUCCAUAAAGCUGGGACACCGAAGCCUCCAACAGAGAGACGUCUUGCGCUGGAUUUGGCGGCCAUUCGCCAAUCACUCUAUGUGGAGGCAAAGCAUCAGUGGAGAAAGAUCUAUGGGGAAGGGUCUGCACAAGGAUCUGUAGCAACAGCGUGGAGAAAAGGUUUGAUGCAUGGCUGUGCCCUUGCUGCUCGCCCUCGGGGCAGUGCUUGGCGCGCUUGCGUGGCAACUUCAUUGGGCAGCCUGGCUGAUUUCGGGGCCAGGGAGGCUUUGGGGACAGAAACUUUCCAGCCUUCCCGCGAUGCUACCUUGUAUGACAUUGACACGCCUAUCCUGGCACAACUUCGAAUCUGA